AUGAACAAAAACGGAACAGCUAAAAUGAAUGAUAAUCAAAUUAGAGCAGAAGGUAGAAGGUUAUUUAAACGCUUCUAUAACAUUCCUGAUGGUGUUAAUCCUAAAACUCGUAGAAGUUAUUUAAAUGAAGCAAUAGAUUCAUAUGAAGGGUUUGACAUUUCAUCAGAAAGUGAGAGAUUAGCGAGAAUGUUAAAUGUUAAUAUUGAUUUCUAUUAUUGUGAUCCUCAACCAGAAGACGUGGACAUAAAUAAGGUAGACUUUCCAUUAGUGGAUUCAAUAAUGAUAGAUCCAGAAUUUGAAACAGUAAAUAUUUUAUUAACACAGAGUCCAUGUGGAAAACUUCACGCUGACAGAAUAACAGACGUUGAAGCACUCACCGGCUAUAGAGUUUGUCCAUAUUGUAAAGAAGAAGUUUAUUCUAUCCGUGAUGAUCCAGAAAGGAAAAACCAAAGAAGAUUUUUAAAGCAUUGUGAGAAAUGUAAAGAAAAUAAUGGAAGAUUAAUUCAAGACGUUCAAUUGCAAAAGACCCAGCAACCAUAUGCACCACAUAUUACGAAACAGAAGAUAUAUCAGUGGUUAUUAGCUCAUAAUUUGCAGGAAUAUUAUCAACCGACAAGAUAUUAUAUUACUUUUGACUUUGAAACAUUAGAGACUAAAGAAGAAUUACAACUUUCUGAGUGUGCAACUUUGAACGCUUACUUAAAACCAUUCAUG